AUGAUGGGGUUCAGAUACCAUCUCCUCCAAGCAAGCCUCCUGGUUGCCCUGGUAUUCGCACAAGAGCAAGUGAUAUUCAAUAAUUCACACCCAUCAUGGAACAAGCAGUCUCUGGCGGACGCGUCGUCGCAGCUCAAGGGCGUAAUCUUGGCAGGAAAGCAUGAAGGAGAGAAGUGGACGCAUGUUGGAAAGGAGUACAUCAAGGAGAGUGGGUUCUUAUAUGAACUCGUUUCGCAUCCGAAGUUCGACGAUUAUCAGCUACGCGUCACUGAGCCCAAGCUUUGCGAUCCUUCGGUCCAGCAAUAUUCGGGCUACCUUGACAUAGCUGAGGGAAAGCAUCUCUUUUUCUGGUUCUUCGAAGCGCGUAAUUCUCCGAAGACGGCACCACUUAUCUUAUGGCUGAAUGGAGGUCCUGGCGGUAGCUCCACCACUGGACUGUUGCUUGAACUAGGGCCAUGCUCGAUCGCCGACUCUGGUCGCAACACGACCUACAACCCCAAUAGCUGGAACACCGACGCCAACAUCAUCUUCCUCGAUCAACCGGUCAACGUCGGCUUCUCCUAUGCCGACGAUGGGCCCACAGUGGACAACAGCCCCGCAGCUGGGAAAGAUGUCUAUGCAUUCCUUGAAUUAUUCCUGUACCAGUUCCCGGAGUAUGCGAAUCUGCCAUUCCAUCUUGCCGCGGAAAGCUAUGGCGGCACGUAUGCCCCAAAUAUUGCUAGGGUAAUCCACGAACAGAAUAAGCAGCUCAGUCACGCGCGUGUCACUGAGGGUGUGCGACGGAUCAACCUUGCAUCGAUUAUCCUAGCGAACGGCCUCACGGACCCGUAUACUCAGAUGGGUUCUGUCGCGGACUACCUGUGCGACGGGCCAUAUCCUGUGUACAGCGACCCCAAUGGGCCUGAAUGCCAGUCUCUCCGAUCGAAGAUCCCAACCUGUCAACGUCUUAUCAAGAGCUGCUACCAGUUCAAUUCGAGGUUCACCUGUGUCCCUGCUCAAUUAUACUGCAACACGCAGCUCUUUGCUCCCUUAAUGAAAUCUGGACUUAAUCCUUAUGACGUUCGUGCCAAGUGUGACCGCUCGAAGGACGGGCAACUUUGCUACAGACAAAUGGACUGGAUUGAAAGAUACAUGAACGAGCCUGUGGUCAAGGUCGAACUCGGUGUCCACCCAUCUCUUCGAUACGAGACGUACAGCAAGGAAGUCAACCAGGCAUUCACUAGACGAGGCGACGGCAUGCACAAUAGUGCCCUUCUCUUGACGGAUCUCGUCAAUGACGGAGUGAGGCUCCUUGUCUACGCAGGCAACGCUGACGCCAUGUGCAACUUUAUUGGUAAUGAAAGAUGGGUUGAGUUGCUGGAUAGUAAAUUCAAUAGCGAAUUCGCCGCCACGAAGCCAGUUCCAUGGAUCUUAAAGUCUACCGGAAAGCAGGCCGGCGAGGCGAGGAGUGCAGGCGGUUCUGGCUUUACCGCAGGUAACGUAACCUUCGUGACCGUAUUUGAAGCAGGGCAUAUGGUCCCAUAUGAUCAAGCCGAAGCCGCCCUGGAUUUAAUCACUCGCUGGACGACGAACGUUCCAUUGAGUCUUCAUUAA